AGCUCCGCCUGUUGACGAGAAGAGAGGCCUCGUUGCCCUUUUCCUCGUGUUAACCAGCCACAGCGAGCCACAGUACGAAUAAGAUCGUCCACCGGAUGAUAUCUCGCGUGUUCUAAAUGUCUUUUACUUACUCAUUUAUUACAAUAAUCAGUUUCCCGUAACUUCUGCUGAUACUUUUUUUAAAAAAACUAAAAAUUUUAAAAGUUUUAAUAGACCGUUCGUUGCUCGGCGCUGUCAUUUUAAUUAUUUAUUAUCUGUUAGAUUGCAUGUUGUAACUGGUUUUACAUAAAUAUAUAUACAUAUAUUUAUGUUAAUGUUUGUCAUUAGAAAAUAAUGAUACUCCAAAGAUGUAAAACUCGAGUGAAUUGAAUUUAAAAGUAAAAAGUGUUUGCUAUUUAUUUAGAAGUAACAUUUAAUUUGAGAAGUGAUUUGGUAUAAAAUGAAAAGUUUAAAGCUAGUGAGUAAUUAAUUAACUGACGGGUGAAAUUUUUAAAGCUGUGAGCAUACACACAAUCGAGGAAUUUUCAAGUGAUCAUUUUUUAUAUAUAAUUAAAUAUAAAAGAGAUGCCUCCAAAAGCUGGUAAUAAUUUUUUCAUCAUUUUGCUGAUAUUAGCACGAUACCAGUGCGUCAAAGCUAAUUGGUGGUAUUUGGGUCUGGAACCACGACUAAAUGGAUUUGAAAGUGGUACAGGAGGUACUGAUGGUAUAACGCAGAUUGGCGCAGGUGUUAUCGGACCAGCAAGUGCCGAAAGGAAUUGCAAAAGCUCCCACUUGACAAUCAAACAGCAGGGAAUAUGUUCACGCUCACCUCCAAUUCUACAGGCCAUCAGUGCUGGAGCCAAGCUGGCCAUCGAGGAAUGCCAGUACCAGUUUCGUUCGGCUCGAUGGAAUUGCUCAGUGAGUCCCGAGAACCCGGAAAAUAUAUUCGGCGGGGUAAUGUUAGUCAACAGUCGUGAGGCCGCUUUUGUCUACGCAAUAUCAGCAGCGGGUGUCGCUUUCAGCAUAACCAGAGCUUGCUCGAGAGGUGAAUUGACUGAUUGUUCCUGCGACAAUCGCGUACGAACACGUCAUCCCAAUAAUUGGCAAUGGGGUGGCUGUAGCGAGGAUAUUCAUUUCGGUGAAAAAUUGUCGAGGGAGUGGUCGGACGGUGCUGAGAUGCCAAUAAAAGAAGGAGAAUUAAGUGGACCCAAAGGAUUGGCAGGACAGCUGAUGAGAAAACACGACAGCGAGGCUGGUAGACGGGCUGUACGUUCACGGAUGCAACGUGUCUGCAAAUGUCACGGCAUGUCAGGGUCUUGCAGUGUACGAGUCUGCUGGCGAAGGCUCCCAGCGUUUCGCGGAGCAGGUACAGCUCUAUCGGCACUUCACGAAGGUGCUGCGUUGGUACGUUUAGUACAGAGAGGCGAAAGACGACCGGCGAGACUUAGACCCGCUAGACCGGAUCUAAAACGACCGAAUAAAACGGACUUGGUCUAUUUGGAGGACAGUCCUGAUUAUUGCGAACGAAAUUUAACACUUGGAAUUCCUGGAACACGAGGUCGAAUAUGCAAUCGUACAUCUCUCGGACUCGACGGCUGUCGACUUCUCUGCUGCGGUCGAGGUUAUCAAACUCGAGUGCGCGACGUCACGGAGAAGUGCAAAUGUAGAUUUGUAUGGUGUUGCCGGGUACAGUGUGAGCUUUGUCGACACACGCGUGAGGAACACGUUUGUAAUUGAGCAUUCCUUCCUCAUCCAUUUGCAAUUAUUAGUCCAUAGCGUUAAAGGACGCAUUGCGAAAGUGAUAAAAGAGAUAGCAAGAUUUCCCUUUAACUAGUUCUAUCUCUUCUUGUGGCGGGUUUUUAUCGGUUGUAUUUAUUAUUUCUAUGCCAAUGGUCAUUUUUUAAAUUAUAUAUUUACAGCCUCGAGAUGGAAUCUCGACUUAGCCAAAAUAAAAUAUAAGACUCCUCGUCCGACGUAAAAAUAUUAAAAAUAAUAA